AUGUUUACCUCAUUAGUGAUUGCAACAUUAUCUGCAACCGUUCUUGUAGAUAGUUUAAUAUUGUACUAUCCUGUUUAUCCGAAAUAUGUUGUACCCAAACAUAUGCAAAAUUUCGAAAGGAACGCUCCACCAAGAAUUUUUGCUGCAGAUUCGAAUAUACCAUCUUCUGGUAUAGUGUUUCUCAAAAAAAAUUUACAGGAAAGUCUCGUUAAUUUCCAAGCUCAAUCAGAUUUGGAAGAGAGCAAUAAUCGACAGAGAAUUCAUUCAGAUCGAGGAAACAUUUUGCAUCAAAAUUUAAAAGCAGUUAGUAAAGAUAAUAAUAAUAUUGAUAAUACUGAGCCAUCAAAAAAUACGCCCACUCGAUUUUACGCUAUUUACGAUUCGAAAUCGAAGCAAUACGUGACAAAUAAUGAAAUAGGAUCGAUAUCAGAACCAUAUCAUGACAGAACUGUACAUUUAAUUUCACCUGAGAAAGACGUAAACAAGUUUACUGAUCAAUUGGGAACCAAAUCUUCAAUUCCGUUUAAAUCAAAUCAGAAUUUAAGAUCUAUCACUUCAACAAUACCUGAAACAAAGGUUUCAAGUCAAUAUACUUCAGGUCGUAGAAUAUUUCUUAUCGAUAGUGAUGCAAUUAUUAAACCAUCGAAAUUUUUCGCUCUGAGGCGUUAG